UUUUUCGGCUCCGUCCAAUCAGCUGUGAGUAAUUAAAUAUUCCAGUAUCUUGAUUGGCUUCUCAGUUAAUGAAAUUCCUCUCCUUUGAGUAUCGAUCCAACCAUUAAACACAUUCGGGCUCUUCGAGAUAGACAUUAUUAUCCUUGCGUUGGUCCCACCGUUAGAAAAUCCUUUAAAACACUACUGACACUACUCAACCUAUAGAAAAUUACUAUAGUAAGAGUGAGAAAACAAAAAUGCGCAAGCAACCAAGGGUUACAAAAAAUAACCAUUGACAUUAGCAUUCUUACUUACUCACAGCGUCUACAUAUAUAUAUAACCUUUAUUUUUUUUUUAAUUAUUACAAUUAAAAAUGUCGCGAUUGACAAAUUAUGACUCUCAUAAUGAUGGUCCAGGAUUUGUAGGAAUAAGAUUUUGUCAAGAGUGUAAUAAUAUGUUGUAUCCUAAAGAGGAUAAGGAGAAUAAAGUACUUUUAUACGCGUGCAGAAAUUGUGACUUUAAACAAAAUGCAGACAGCAAUUGUAUUUAUGUAAACAAAAUUAUGCACGAAAUUGAUGAGUUGACUCACAUUGUUCAGGACGUUAUUUCUGACCCGACAUUACCAAGGACGGAGGAUCAUCCUUGUCCGAAGUGCAACCACCGAGAGGCUGUUUUUUUCCAGGCUCAAACACGACGUGCUGAAGAAGAAAUGAGACUUUAUUAUGUAUGCACAAGUCAGCACUGUACUCACCGAUGGACUGAAUGAAAUAUUUUAGUCUUAAUAUUGAUAACAUUUAAUUAUUUUCUAAGAAUUAAUUGUAGUUUAUUAAUAAAUAAGUUUCUGAUAAUUUUUAUUUAUUAUUUUAAUAAUUAAGGCUCUUAGGGAGCUAAGGCUUCAGGGUCUAAAAUUUACAAUUAAUUAUAUUAAUUAAACGGAAUGUAUUUCUUAAUUAUUUUAUUGAUAGAAGCAAUUUUGUUACAAAAGUUUAACAUUAUCAUCUCACAAUCAUUGUAAUCAUUUGACGCUACAGUAGGAGAAAAAAAAACUAAGUAACUAAAUAAUUCAUAUCAGAUAGACAUAUUUUUGUUCGCCUAUAAAAAAUGAUACAACGAUAAAAUCAUUUUGUUUAGAGGAAAAUUAUCUAAAUAAAGUACAGAUAAAAAAAAAACCCGAA